AUGGCCGACACCGAGAAGAAGCAUUCAGCCUGCGCAGAAUGCCGUGAGAAGAAGUUAAAAUGCGUUCCCAGCGAGGAAGGAGGCGACUCCUGCCACAGAUGUGCAAGGCUAGGCAAAGACUGUCAAGUACCUGAAGUCAAGCAGAGGAAGCGGAAGGCUCGGCGUAUGGCGCCUGCAUUCCAUAUCUCCGGACACUCCGCUGAUCUUGCAGUAGUACGCGGUCGCGUAGAACAGCUGGAAAGCAGCUACUCCGAGAUACUGUCUCUGCUCAAACAGAAGCCGCAGCCCAAUACCAAUGUAGCGACUUCGGUGUCCACCUCAACGCCUUCACGUACAGAUGCAUCCCGGCUGUCGCAGGUCACGGGCUUGACGUCUCCGUUGCGCUUCGAAUCGACAGACUUGGACGCUUCGAAUAGCUAUUUGCUCGAGAUCCCUCUUGAGGAGUGUGAGGUUCUGCUCAAUGACUACCGGCGCAUGUCAACCAACCACUUUCCUUAUGUCAUGGUCCCCGAAGCCUGUCCUGUUGCUACCUUGGUCGAGGAGCGACCCAUGCUGGCUCAGGCAGUAUUCGUUGCAACUACAUGGCGCUUCCCUGAGCGGCAGCGUGCACUGAAGGACAAAUUCCUGCAGGAUUUCAGCCACAGGUACUUUGUCAAAUCGGAAAAGUCGUUGGAUCUCUUGCAGGCACUCGUUGUAUAUUUCGCCUGGUGCCACUGGUAUGCUACCCCUGUCGCAACUCAAGUCUACAGGCUAGGAUCUCUUGUGGUUUCACUGGCCGUGGAACUGGGACUCAACCAGAAGCCAACGAGCGUCACCCAGCAUGAGAUCAUUAUCGGCCCUGGUUCCGCGCUUGAGCAGGGCAGUGAGGCCAUGUCGUCGAAGUUGUGGGGGUUUGAGGCUCGACGGGCAGUUCUGGGCGCGUACACAGUUUCCACAUAUGGCUUGUUAUUGUUCAGAAGACCAUCCGUGUUGCCAUACAGUCAAUAUCUCGAGGACUGCGCGUCUUCCCUCGUCACUGAUCCACAGUAUUGCUCCGACCCGACGCUCAUCCACAUGGUCCGGUCUAUGCGCGUCGCCGAAGAAACCACCCAUACUUUCGAUCACGGUUCGAAGGAAAAGAUUGGCGAGCUGAGUGACGAUAAGAUCCAAAUACUGGUUGGCGCCUUGUGCAAGCAGACGGAGGAGUGGAGGGUAUCGCUGCCUCAUGGUACUUUCACCACUGGUUUGCUUCAGCGCGCAUACCACAGCAGCAGAUGCUAUAUCCACGAGGUCGGCCUAUACGGCCUUCUCCAUGGUCAAGCACCCUCCGUGACUCGCCUUUCAAUUCUGUAUGACUGUUUCGACGCCACCAUGAAAUACCUCUCUUGCGUGCUGGAGAACGGCCUGGACGACAUGGUUGACUGGACCUCGCUUGAGUGGCGGGCACUCAACUUCGGCAUCAUGCUGUCCACCAAGUCGUCGAUUAUUCUGGACUCGGCGUACGUCAGCAUGGAAGCGUCCCAGCGUGCUGCUUGGCUGGGCAAGUGCCUCGAUACGUUGUGUUUGCGAGCGCACGAACUUCAUCGAAUGAAGGGAGAGAAAUGCAGCUAUUUCCUGAAGCUGGCCCAUGAGUGGGCGAACAUCAAGAUGUAUCACCAGAAUACCAUUCAGAGGGCGCUGCCGGCCCCCACGGUGGCGAACACAGCACAGCAGCAAUCGCAGUUAUCGGUGCAGACGCAACAACAAAACGCUGGCAUGUCGUUCAUGGACAGCGCUUUUGAUGUGGACCCUUUCAAUGAACUGUUCUGGGCUGGCUUCGGAGACUCUGAGCCAGGUAUGGCAGGGAUGUAUCCGAUGUGA